AUGGGCGUUCCGACCUUUUUCAGAUGGAUCUGCGUCCGGUACCCCAAAGUCAUUCGAGACACCAUCGAGCGAGAGCCGGUGGAGAUGGACGGCCGAAUGGUGCCAGUGGACCUAGACGAGGAUGCACCGAACGGCGAUUUCGACAAUCUGUACUUGGACAUGAACGGAAUCAUCCAUCCCUGCUGCCAUCCCGAAGACGGGCCGGCACCAGAGGACGAGGAGCAUAUGUACGAGAACAUCUUCCUUUAUCUUGAUCGCCUUUUCCGGAUCGUCAGGCCAAAGCGGCUCGUCUACAUGGCGAUUGAUGGUGUCGCGCCGCGUGCCAAAAUGAACCAGCAGCGUGCUCGUCGAUUCCGGGCUGCACAGGAGCGGGAGGAAAUGGAGCGAGAACAGGAAAGGCUCCGACAAGACUGGGAGGCAGAAGGGCGAACACUUCCCAACAGAACAUCGGGAAAGGUCUUCGACUCUAAUGUCAUCACUCCUGGAACGAACUUCCUGCACAAAAUGUCGGAGGCUAUCCGAUACUACAUUCACGACCGCACAACAAACGAUCCACUCUGGCAAAAGCUGAAGUUUCGCGUCAUCCUCUCUGAUGCAAACGUGCCAAGUACCUUGGCUGCAAACUCCGAGGGCGAGGGCGAGCAUAAAAUCAUGGAGUUCAUUCGACUGCAGCGGGCGCAACCGGACUACGAUCCGAACACCAGGCACUGCCUGUAUGGUGCCGAUGCCGAUCUCAUCAUGCUGGGCUUGGCCACCCAUGAGGCACACUUCUCCAUCAUUCGGGAGGUUGUGAUCCCAAAGGCGGAAAAGAAGUGCACCCUUUGCGGAGGCACCGGCCACGUUGCUUCGGAGUGCACCGGCGACGGGGAUGACAUGGACGACAGCAUUGCCAUCCAGCUGCCCAGCUCAGUUGAGGUCGGAGACCGCCGCGACAGCUGA